GUGCAUUUUCUUCACAGCCCACCCCAGCUCAUCAAGCAAUCGCUACUCAGAAUGGGCGUGUUUGCGCAACUGUACGACCAGAGAUGGGGGCUGGCGCUGCUUGCUGUCGGCUUCUACGUCGUGAGCAAGAUACAUGCCUACACCAAGCUUAGAGCGUUCAAAGGCCCAGUCGGCACUGGAUUCUUCAACCUCUGGAACAGCUGGGCUCUGUUCAGCCAAGAGUCUCACCUGAGGUACAAGGAAGCGUGUGAGAAAUAUGGCUCCAUCGUCCGCAUCGGCCCCAACGACCUCUUGACCUCGUCUCCGGAGCUCCUCAUGUACAUGAGCGGCGUGCGGUCGCCGUACUACCGAUCGUCUUGGUUCUACAAGAGCUCGCGGCCCCGACCGGGCAUCGACAACGUCUUUAGCUCCUCGGGCCCCGAAGGCGAGGCCACCCACACCAGGAAGCGCCAGCAGCUCGCUCCCGGCUACGCGGGCAAGGAGAGCCCGCUGAUGGAGAGCUCGGUCGACCAGCAGGUGACGAACCUGGUGGCGCUGCUGAGGGAGCGGUACAGGUCGUCCGAGGCGCGCGUCAAGCCCGUGGACAUGGGCGACAAGCUCUCGUUUUUCACGCUGGACGUCAUCUCGGCGCUGUCGCUGGGCAGGGCGUUUGGCGACCUGGCCAACGACGCGGACAUGCACGGCUACAUGGAGGCGACGGAGGCGGCGUUUGGCUACCUCAACGCGCUGGUGGCGUCGCCGUUUGGCAUGAUGAUGCAGAUCCCCCUCGUGCACAGGCUCGUGGGCCCGCAGGAGACGGACGCCACGGGGGUGGGCAAGAUCGUGUGCAUGGCGCGGCAGAACCUCAAGGAGCGGCUGCGGCACGACACCAAGCAAAAGUCGGACAUGGUGGCCUCGUUUGUGCGGCACGGGCUCAGCUUCGAGGAGCUCGUCACCGAGGGCCAGUUCCAGAUCGUGGCCGGCAGCGACACCACGGCGGCGGCGCUCAAGGGCGUGCUGCUGUUCCUGCUGAGCGACCGCCGCGUCUACCACAAGCUGCAGGCCGAGGUCGACGCCGCCGCCCAGAGGCUGGCGCUGGGCCCCGAGCAGGUCAUCGUCGACGGCGACGCCAGGGCGCUGCCCUACCUGCAGGCCGUCGUCAAGGAGGGCAUGCGCUGCCACCCGCCCGUGACGCUGCCCAUACCCAAGAUGGUGCCUCCGGCCGGAGACACGGUCGUCGUCGACGGCCGCGAGGUGUUUCUGCCCGGCGGCACCCACGUCUCGUACGCCGCCUGGGCCCUGCACGUGCGCGAGGACGUCUACGGCGAGGAUGCCGCCUGCUACAGGCCCGAGAGGUGGCUUGCCGAGGAGGACCCGGACAGGCUGGCCAGGAUGCAGAGGACCCACGAGCUCAACUUUGGAUACGGCAAGUACCAGUGUCUGGGGAAGCAGUUGGCUCUGAUGGAGGUGAACAAGGUCGUGUUUCAGCUGCUGCGGAAUUUCGAUCUGGCAUUGACCAACCCGAUCCACGGCUGGAAAAAGGUCAACUUUUUGGGAAUCUUUAGCCCUGGAGAGAUGCUUGUCACCGUCCAUGAACGGGUUGCGGAUGCCGCCAGGAAGGCUGAGUAAAGCUUCAAUUGGGCGAAAAUGCGUAUGUCGUGUAGAUGAUAUCCACUUCUGUACAAUUCACUGCCGAGCCAGAAUGUCAGACUCUAGUCUACAGUGGGCGUGGGUCCAAUUUUACCUUAUAUAUACUCACAAGAAAAAAAUGCACUCUCAGAAGACAAGUGGGACA